GGACACUAGGACCUCCCCGCGCCUGGGAGUCGGCAGGGCGCAGCACACAGCCUGAGUGCGCGCGGCUUCGGAGCGCUAUAUUGACCCGCACAGUGCCAUCCCGCACAGCGCGCGUGCUUCCUCUCUGCAGGACUGCACACUUCGGAUACUUUUUUUUUUUUGCUUGUGCAUUUGGGAAACACUUCCUGCGUUUUUAUAUAAAUAUUUAUAUUUUGUUUUAUUAAAGAAAUAAACAGGAGUGGAGCUAUUAAUUGUAUGGCCAUUCUGUGGAUACUUCAAAGUUGUUGGAAAUUCUUUUGCAAUGUAAUUGCAUGUAAGAAAUCCACCAGGACGUGCAGUGUGAACAUCAGCAGACUUUAGGAGUGGUAAAUGUUGUAGGCUCGGUGCUCUGAGCCCCAGCUGGGAUGAGGCAGACCACUGCUGCGCUUGCAGAGCUGUUUAUCACUCGAGACUGCGCCGGGAUGCGGGACAGGAAGGAUUAUGAGAGCCGCUCCAGAGAGCGAGGAGACGCGGAGCUGGAGCGCCUCAGAGCCAGAGACAGAAUGGAGGCCACACUGGCUGGUCUGGCAGAACUGGACUAUCUGAGACAGAGACAGGAGCUGCUGGUCCAUAACGCCCUGAAUAACCAGGACAGUGUCAGCACAAGUGGGGAAGAAGAUAAUCAGCUGUGCUCUGCGGUAGAGGACAGUUACCUCAACAGCGAGGAGAAACUGUUGGAAGAGAACAUUUUGCUGUUAAGAAAGCAGUUGAACUGCCUGCGUAGGCGAGAUGCUGGUUUGAUUAGUCAGCUCCAGGAGUUGGACAGACAGAUCAGUGACUUGCGACUGGACACAGAGACUCUACAUGAGCAUCUGGAAAGUGAUAGCCGGCCCAGUUCAGGUUUUUACGAGUUAAGUGAUGGUACUUCGGGCUCUCUCUCUAAUUCCUCCAACUCUGUCUUCAGCGAAUGUUUGUCCAGCUGUCGUUCCACAUCUUGCCUGUGUGCUCCCCUUGACACCUCUCUCUGUGCCUCUGAAGGAAGACCCAAGUCUUCAGAUGAGCUCAGUGUCUGUGCUGAGUGUGAGGAGCAGUGUGAAGACUCGUGUUCUGGUACAGUUCGCAGGUCACUGUCUGCUCCAUACUCCCCUUCUCCAGAUGGGAACUGUGACAGCGUGUCCAAGUUUCACUGUGACCUGAUAGCCAAGAAUGGAAGUGAUGUAUAUCGCUACCCUAGCCCUCUCCAUGCUGUCGCUGUGCAAAGCCCCAUUUUUUUCCAAUCGAUGCUCAACAAUCUGAAGGAAGACUCUGGUCUGUCCAAACCUGGAGAAACUCUUGACAAUGUUCAAAAACCUGAACAAGCCUUUUUACCCAAAACUCAAGCUCCCCUUAACAAAAGACUAGACAGUUAUAUCUUUGGACUGCUUCAGAGAAAAGCACUGCCAAUGAGGACCAAUAAACCUCGAACGAGCAUAAACACAGACCCCUGUAAGAGUGUCUUACGGCAGGGCAGCCUCUGUGUCAGGCCUGCUGUUGCUGGACAGACCCAGCAAAGGACUCCUGAACUCUCACCAAACUGGCAAACUUCUUUGCAAGCAGCAGCCGCAGCAGCUCCUUGCACUGACCCCAUUACAGUGUCACCUCAAAGACAGUGGCCUGUUGAGUCCAAAGGAGAACACUUAGGGAAUAAUGGCACCUCUUGUUCUCAGAGUCAACCCCAAAAUGGAUUCAUAAUAAAAACUGAUGUAAACACUAACAGCCUAUUGAAAAAGAAAGUCCCUGGGACCAAUAAAGGCCAACCACUGACUGUUGUUAGUAACGAGUGCCAGGAUUUGGGUAGCCCUAAUGCAGUGUCUUCUCCAAAACUUAAUAAGCAUUCUUAUUACCCUGUUGUGGAGGACAUUAAAUCGGGAUCAGUGGUGAAAGCAGGAACUCUUAAGAGAAGUACUAAUGUUCAGGCAUCGAUGGCCUUCACUGAUAAAAUGGAGCAGCCACUGCCAGAGGUGCUCAGCCUCGGAUCCUCCUCUCAGAGUCAGGAUGAGGGAGGUCAGAUGGUCAGUGCACAGUACAUCCCUGCCAAAGAGCAGAAUGUCAAGAUUCGCAAAAGUGGUAGUAAGAAUGUGAAGAUUGUCAAGGUGAAGAAUGGCAGCAGCAUGAAACACAGGACCCAUUCCAAUGAACUUGUAUCAGAGGCAGGCCGUGACAGGCAUCGCACUGGUUCAAGGCGAUCCAGACCAUCGGAAGACAUGACAGUUUCAUAUAAAGCCUCCAAGAAGGCAUCUUGUAAAGCCAAAAGGAUCCCUGCAUCAAUCCCUGAGGGGCGGAUCCUGGAAAAACACACCACCUCCACAGGCAGGUCAACUUCCCAAAGACACCAUGGCCACCACAGACAUCAUGAGGCUGUGCUGGCUAAACCCAAAUACAAGCGCAGUGACUACCAACGUAGGUUGCGGGGGAUCCCAGAGGUGCCUUAUGAGGAGGCUUUCAGGAGGGUUCACCGCAGGCAAAAGAGAGAGAUGCUUGGCCACAUGUCAGGAAUGUAUCUCCCUUCUAACGCACACAUCACCAGCCCCUAUGCCUACGUGGGCAGUGACUCUGAGUACUCUGCUGAAUGUGCUUCUCUCUUCCAUUCCACCAUCGUGGACACAAGUGAAGACGAGCGCAGUAACUACACCACCAACUGUUUUGGGGACAGUGAGUCAAGUGCUAGUGAGGCAGACUUUGUUGCAGAAAGCACGACUAGCACUGAUUCUGAAAGCAGCAGUGGAGUCAACUGGCCUCAGUAUAGUCAAGCAUCCCAUGAAAUGACUUCAUCACAGGCCAAAGCCUUUGUCAAAAUUAAAGCAUCCCACAAUUUAAAGAAAAGAAUCUUACGUUUUCGAUCAGGAUCUUUAAAACUUAUGACCACAGUGUAAAUGACUUAAGGGACUGGGAAGUUUGAAAUGGGAUGCAGCCAAUCAAAUUAGGUGCUCUCAGUAUUCACCCAAUAAAGUGCCUAAGCAGAAUUUAAAUCACACUGCUUAAAAUCCGUACAAGUCAUGUUGAAGAAAUUGUUCAUGAACGUGGAUUUAUUGAGUGACAUCCCCCCCCCCACGCACUUUCAGCAUCUUUAAAUCACACAUUAAAAUCAUUGAGAAGCAUCUGACUAACCCCAUACUGUCAUUUUCUGUAGACAUAUUUAUUAUAAACUCAGAUUUUCCUGUGAUGCAUUUAUGUAGGCAUUGUUGAUUUUUUAAAUAAAAUAUUUAAAACUUAAUAUAUUUGGUUAGUCACACAUGAAAAAAAGGAAGUAUGAUUUAAGAAAAAUGCUUUCUAGAGAAGUGAGAAUGAGGAGUAGACCAAGUCUAUCUGCAAAAUUGAACAACAGUUGGGCAAGUUCACCUGCUGACAACAGGGCUUUUGUUAUAUGCACAAUAAAUAUGCAUGAGCGUUGACAUUAUUAUUUACCUUGUGGUUUUUGCCUAUUAUCUGUAAAUUGCAAUUUGUGUACAUUUUUUUUUUCAUUUUUGGUGUCCUAUCUUUUUAUGUAUUAUUAAAUGCUGCCUUUGAUAACA